CUAAACGCUCCAAAUCAGCUCAAAUCAGCUGUUCACAGCAAAAUGGUUAUUUAUAAUUCUCGAAUUCGCAUGAUUUGCUAAUCACUCUUUAGUCGUCCUACUAGACUAGACUGUAGAAAUAGAAAGCAUGUGCACAUAAUCUAAACGCUUAUAAAUUUAGCAGUAAGUAAUAUAAAACGCUCGAUGAAGUUUGCGGAUUGUAUUCCGCUGUAACAUAAAUAUUUACAUUAAUUUGAGCUGUGACUGAAAAACUUCGUGCCAUUCAUUCACACUUCAUCAAAAUGCAAGUUAGAGUUAAUCCUGAUGGGAGCUUCAGGACUCCAAGACUUAUUCCACAAGGAAGAUCCAAUUACUUUGAGUACUGCAUUGUGGCAUUGUGUGCAGUCCUUUUUGGAGUCGUUUCCUGCUACUAUGACAUGCAAUAUGUGAUGUUUUGUGUGUCAACAAUGAUUUUAUCAAUGGUAGUCGUGGAAAUAAUCCAGCGUUUGGUGAUGCUUGUCGAAGAAUACUUCAGUUUGCAAUCUCGCUAUGACAAUAGCUACAAGAAACUUUUUCUAUGCGUGUUUUCCAGCACCAUUCCGACUGUCUUGUUUGUAACCGGCGCUCUUAUUAUUACGAGUUUCACCUGGAACAAACAAACCAAAGAAGCUUGGUUCUUCAACUUAUUAACCAUGAUUAUCUAUGUGACAACCGAAUAUCUACAAUUGAAAACAGCACCAAUUUACAAUUCAAUCCAAAUAUCAAACCCGAAGACCAUGGACGUGGGCGCGGGCAUGGCAAUAGGAUUCUUCCACGGUUACCUUCGGAUUCUUCUGCCGAAUAAUCCACAAAAUGAUCGUGGUCUGAAACAUGUCAUGGAAAUUUAUGAGGCGAAGGAACGUAUCAAGUUCGCGAGGAGGGCACUCUAUAUUUUAGUGCCAUUGUCGUUGCACUGUCCUUUUCGCCUCACAGACAUGUCUGACAUCAUGGAGGAGUCAUCUUCUUUAGCUGCGAUUGAAGAGGAUCGUGCUGGAGUCAAAAAUCGCAAUUAUAAAAAUUCUGUGUACAAGAUCAAAUGUCAACGCCCCGAUGGCAAAGAAGGACGGAUCUACGUUGCCGCUGAGUAUGCCUCGCCCUUAAAGACUUUCAAAGAAAGCGUUGAGUCCGACGGGAAGUUUGCCCUUCACUACCAACAACACAAAACGGAUAUUCUGUGGAAAUUCUACACGACGAUUGUGCAACUUGUUAAAGAAGAUCCGCUAACGGAUGGGUUGUGUGAAUUCAUUUAUUACGCAGAUUUUGAUAAAAGGGGCGCUCGAGUUGAUAUUGGCAAAGUUCUGUUGAAACGGCUGCAUGCUGAUAUUGCUGCCGAUAAGAAGAAACAGGAAGAACAAUGAUGCAAGUACAAAGUAAACCCAAAGAGUGUUACAUUUGAUUUUAUUUGCGACUGAUUUACAUCAUUAAGUUGUUUUUUAUGCUGUUUUGUCGAUAAAAUUAACGUUUUGUAGUUUUAUCAUAA